GAACCAUCCAUGGAUCGCCACCUCCAUACGCUUGCUUUCACUGUCACAGCCUCCCUCACAUCCAUCUUUACCUCCUUCCAAAGCCUCCCUCCAAGGGCGUGGUGCGCUCUGCGCUGCGCCCAUAUGUAAAGCCUAGCUGAUGAUCAGCUCUCCAAAGAUAUUCAAUUCAGCACGUACUAUUCCUUGUCUGUAUGGCGGUUGCUUCGAUUCCUUUCACUUGUUGCUAACUAAACUAGUGCGGCGGGGUAUAAAGAUCGCCCUCCGCACUUCCCCCACAGUUCACGACUCAACGGGCACACUUUCCCCUCCUCUCCUGCCUCCUGCAAAGCACCUUCCUCACCUCGCUCUCAUGGCCUCAGAGCCUAUAGAGUGCCAGGUUGUGGUGCUGAGGGUGUCCAUUCACUGCCAAGGAUGCAAGAAGAAGGUGAAGAAAGUGCUCCAGAACAUCAAUGGCGUGUACCGAUGCGAAAUCGAUGCCCGGAGCAACAAGGUCGUGGCGACGAUCUCGACGAAGCUCGACCCCUACAUGCUGGUCUCCAAGCUGCGCAAGUCCGGCAAGCAGGCGGAGCUGUUGCCGGAGCAGCCGCCGCCACCACCACCACCACCAGCAGCUGAGAGCCAAACGCAGGAGCCCAAGAACAACCAGCCUGACGAGCCGAGCAAACCCAACGAACCUGCCGAGAAGGGCGGCGCCGACACGGCCGAGGCCGCCGCGGCAGAACCGAGCAACCCUCGGGAGCCCAAGCAGAGCACCGGCGAGGCCCCGAAUCCGGCUCAGGACAGCAAAGAAAAUGCCAGCGCCGAUGAGACCGGCGAUGACACCGCGGCGGCAGCGGCACCGGCACCGGCGCCGGCGCAGCAGGGACCCAGCGAGGCGAAGGGGAAAGCGAAACCGAUGCAGCAGCCGGAGAUGCAGGAUAGGCAGCCGGUGGACGCCAGAGUGACUCUAGAGUACGACCGAGGCGUCGGCGGGGGCCACGUGCACCGCAUGCCGCCGCCGGCAGUGAUGAGCUACAACCAGGUGCGGCCGAGCGUGAGCGCGUCCUACUACGCUCCCGCCCCGUCACCAGCGCCGGCGCCGGCGCCGAUGCCGAUGCCGAUGCCGAUGGCGAGGCCGGGGCCGUCGCAGGGUUACAUCGACGAGCACUACACGCCGUCCUACUACAACAGCAACUACAACCGGUCGCCGGCGUACGAGCCCGAGCCGUACUACUACAGCCGUCCGCAGCCGGCGCCGUACAGCUACCAGUACCAGUACCAGCCGUCUUCUUCGUCGGAGGAUUACUACUACAGCGCGCCGCCGCAGAGGAGCGCCUUCUCGCCGCCGCGGGACGCCUACGGCGAGAUGUUCAACGACGAGAACGCCAAUUCUUGCACCGUCAUGUGAAGGGAUCCGAGGAGUUGCAACAUGAAAAUGGGUUAAUCGUUAGUAGCUAGUUUACUUACAGUUCCUUAUUAAUCAAGCGAGUCUAUAUAUAUAUGUUAGUAGAUAUUAGAAUCCGUAUGAGUAAGGAGAUGUAUUGAAAGCACUGCUCAGGCUUGAUGGCGCUGAAUAAUUGGAGAGCUGAGCUGAGCUGAGCUUGAAUGCUUUGAUGCAUAUGAUAGAGGAGAAUGUGAGGAUCUGAGGGAACAGCUCUGGUGAUGCUCAUCAGAGCAAUUUUGUAAUGUAUGACACGGUUAAACUGGAGACUUCCAAUCUCUUCAACUUCUUCAUCUGAGAACUUUGUAUGUACUUACAGAGAAUAUGAGCGAAGACACGAGCUGUUCUGUUUC